AGUCGGUGGACGAAUCGGGUGAUCUGGAUGAUGUUUGUUUAUUUGGAAGAUAUUUUUGAAACAAAGCACGAUAAAAUUCAGAAUUAUAUACCAUUAUUACGAGUACUACUUUUUUGCUCGGAUCAUGUUUUGACUCCCACAGAAACUCGCUAGAAUAAAUACAAAAUAAUAGUUUUUUGGUUGAAAUUUCAAAAAUGUAUUCAGUUUGACACAUUAUUUCGGACUUAUCACCGCUGCGAUUGCAGCGCCACGGUGGCCGAUUGAAACUUGGAUUUGUCAAUCUGUCUACAAAAUUUUCCACUCGGAUCAGUUUUAUGGCUACAUUUUUCUGGUAAAAAGUGCACCUAAAAUCUUUUGAAACGUUCGUAAAACGAUCGCGAUGGAAUCGUGCUGCCGCGUUUGUUCGCGUAGUGAUGAAUUCCGGCGGUUUUCGCUGUACGCGGUCGCAGAAGUGAGCCAGGAAAUCAUCGCCAACAUGAUACGAGACACAAGCGAUACACAGGUAUCUUCCGAAGAUGGCUUGCCACAGCACAUCUGUCCGGACUGCUUGAUGACACUUAGUUUGGCAUAUUCCUUCCGGAAGCAGUGCCGUCGCUCCGAUGCCAAAUUCCGAGAAUAUUGGGGAGGAAGAACUCCUUCCCAAUCGAUCGAUCAACAGCAGCAGCUUCCACGGCGAUCACAUUCUCAAGCGCCGGAUGAUAGUUCCUUCGAAGCAGUUACCACCAUCAAAGAGGAAGUGGACAUCUACGACUACGAGUAUAGCGUUCCCUCUCACGACAACCAAUGGGUGAUUCAGAAUCCCCGAACCAUUGGCGAAGGGGCAAUGACGGUGGUACACAAUUCCGGGCAAUAUUAUGACGAAGUAUCGGCCGCAGCAGUCAAUGAUGGCAGUGUAGUUGAUCGCGAUGGGAGCAUCAUGCCAAUGGUCACCACCCAUCUGGAGAGUCAUGAUCCAUCGGAAAUGGGCGAAAGUUCGGGCCUUGCGCAGAAAGGGGAAAAGCUGAAGAAGAAACCACCCCCUCCGGAAAGAUACAGUCAACGCAUUCGACGACAGGAAGUUUCCACUACCGGAAGUAGCAAUGCAGUUCCUCGAAUUUCCGAACCCGAAUGGAGUAGAUUCUCUGUCAACGUAUUUCAGGAGGGACCGCUCGCCUCCACCAGCGAAAAAACAGUCACCAAUCCGGGCCAGCUACGGUGUGAACACUGCAAGAAAAAGAUGAAGAAACCCUACAAACAUCGGAAUGGCAAAUGUCUAGUUUCGAAAAACAAAUCUACGUCUCGACCAAAGUGCGCAUACUGCCAUCAGACUUUUGUUAGCAGCAAAGGAAUACCAGGCCACUUGCGAAACAGUUGCCGAAUAUAUCGGCAAGUGUGCGAAGCGAAAGGAAUCGGUCUACCGGUAUUCAAUCAGCACACAGAUCAUUCAUCUUCGCCAGCUGUUACUCCAUCCGCAUCCGUUACCAAUGAAACUCCCGAACCGAAAAUAGCUUCCCCAGUGCAAAGUAUACAUUUCGAUCAAAAACCCAGGAUGAGAAGGACUAAGACUUCCAAGUGGAACCCUCGCUUUAGUUGCCAGUAUUGUAGUAAGAAAUUCACGAAAAAAUCCAAUCUAAUCCGGCAUCAGCAAAAGCAGUGCGAAAUAUUGCUGGAAACGCAUGAUGAAAAUAUUAGCGCCAUAAAAACCACCGCCGACGUUACCGUAAGUGUACCACUUCCGCUACGCGAAUCACAGGACGAUAAAAGUGCCAUCGUUAAGGAUCAACACAACCUGGAUAAGCUACCGGAAGAGGAAACCAAGUGUAUCUACUGCCAGCAGAAUGUGAACAAAAAAACUCGCUUCCUCCAUCACAACGGCCGGUGUGUAUUGGGAAGGGUAAACGCCGACCAUCCGUGUCCGUACUGCCCGGAGGCAUUUUCGUCCCGAAGUCUUCUGCUAAAGCAUCGGUGCGAGUCGCUGCAAGAGGAGCAGAACGAGCAGAACAAUGUAGAUACUGCCGUGCCUAGUGAAUCCCAGCCGCUGGAACGGAAGCAGCGAAGAACGUCCAAACUAAUGCCGAAACGAUUGGCAAGGGAAAAGACACCGAUCAGGGAAACAUCACGGAAGCGACGGGAUAGGAUAAUUGAUGUGUCUCCCAAGAGCAUAGUGAAACGGGAAUUCUGCACCUACUGUCGCCAGCGAAUCAAAGAGUCCGAUCGACAGAAACACAAGGAGAAACGGUGCUUCAACAACAAUGCAACGACCUACAACUGCGGGUACUGCCGGAAGAGUUUUGCCGCUCGGGAAUUGCUGAUCGAACAUCAGCGAAUCUGCACCGUCCGCAAGCAACACAAACAGGUCAAGUGCCAAUUUUGCGGAGCGAUGAUUUCGAAUCGGGGCAAUCUGAAGAAGCACCAGAAAGUUUACUGUAAAUCGGUGAAACGGGGGAAUGAUGUGAAAUCGGAGAAACCGCCAGUGGUGAAAGAAGAAAAGCCGGUCAAGAAAAAGAAAAGGGUGAAAAAGGAAGUGCACGAUUCACGGGAGGAGGAUGUAGAAAAUAUUCCGCUUAAACAGCGAAAAAUCAAAUCCAAAUCGAAUGACAGCACUGAACAUAAAAUGAAAAAGAAACGGGCCAGUAAGAAACAUCGCUUCCCCUGCGAAAACUGUAAGCUUACGUUCGCGACGGAAAGUCGAGCGCGAAAGCACGGCAGUAAAUGUUCCGCCAAGCCGACAACCAAUUCCUUCAUUUGCGAAUAUUGUUCACAAUCGUUCUCCACGAAAAGCAACAUGUACCGCCACCAGCGGCUGAUGUGCAGCAGACUUGAUCCAGAUGAGGACAUAGUCAACGAAACCAUCAAGGAGUUCUCUCAACCGAAAACCACCGAGGCAUCUAAUUUAACGGUUGAAGAGAUGGAAGAUGAAGAACAACCGGACCCUACCGAGGAUCCCCUAUCCGAUCCUAAACCAGCGCCUUGUACUGAACAAAGUCGAACCGAAUCGGUGCAGUCGCCCGUGUCGAACGACGACGGCGACAACGACGAUGAGUACGUUCCAGAACCGGAAGCAGAGGAAGAAAUCAUUGUACCGGAGGAACACUUACCCAUGGAGAAGGAGGAGGUUGUAGUGGCGGUCGAAGCGCACGAUGAUCCCCACGACGAACCGGAUAACAAUAAUGCUGAAGCGGAGAAAGCCUCGACCGAGGCGGUGCGGUUGCCUACCGUUGCACCGGUGAUAGAAAGAAACGAAGACUCCCAACACGACGAAAAGCAGCUGUCGACGGCUGAAGAGAUUGUUCCCGACUGCGAAUCUGAACGGGAACCAAUGCAGGUGGAACAUUCGGCAAAUUAAAAACACACAAACGAAGGUUAUAGCGAGCGAGUAACUAUAGCCUGGUAAUGGCAUUUGUGGAUGGCAUUUUCGAUUGCUCGGUAAAUUGUACCUACUGUGACAUAAGUUCUGAUUUAUGUGAAUAGAAUUUACUAGGUCCUAUCCUUAGGGGUGGGCGUUAUUACGAAUCAUACCAAGUAUUGAACCAAUUGUUAAGCAAAAGGAGUUUGAUAUCGUGUAAAUGUAGCGAAACAGGGUGGUAAUAAAACGAUUGAAGACGGUGUAACAGAAA